AUGCAUUCUCUGCGUGCGUCUCUCCCCUCGCCACCAGAUCUGGUGUCGGUGGAACCGCGACUCGCCCGUGGUAAGCCGCACACAGAAGCGGCUGUGGGAAAUGAAAUCCGCGGAUUUGCGCAUAAGAUUUGUGCUCCGCUCAGCCAGCGCGCGGCGGACAAGCUGCGCGCGGAGCAGCGCCUCGCGGCGGUGCUUGCGCUCAUCCCGACGCGCCUCGCCGCGCCGGGGUCGCUCUCGCGCGGCUCGCUGCACAUGGCGCAAGGCGUGCGCGGGAGCAGCCAGGACGCGGCGGUCCUAUGGGAGCGCUUCGGCGGUCGCCCGGACAGCGCGCUUUGCGCCGUGUUCGACGGGCACGGCCCGUUCGGCCGCGUCGUCUCCUCGUACGCCGCCGCCACCCUCCCGCCGCUCCUCCUCGACUCCCACCUCCUCGCACGCGCCGCCGCCGCCGACGCCGCCGCCGGCGCCGCUGGCGCCGCUGGCGCUGCGGACGCCCGGGGCGGAAGCCCAGGGGAAGGAGGCGCGGGGGGAAGCGCAGGUGCAAGCGCGGGGGGGGCGGUGCCCGGCGCGGGGGACAGGGCGGCGUGGCGCGCGAAGAUGCACGACGUAUUCGCGAGCGUGGAGCGCGACGUGCGCGUGCACCCGCACAUUAAUCCACUGAAUAGCGGCAGCACUGCUGUGGUGGCCGUGGUGCAGCAAGUUUUGAGCGUGGAGCGCGACGUGCGCGUGCACCCGCAUAUUAAUCCGCUGAAUAGCGGCAGCACCGCCGUGGUGGCCGUGGUGCAGCGCGACGUGCGCGCGCACCCGCACAUUAACCCGCUGAAUAGCGGCAGCACUGCCGUGGCGGCCGUGGUGCAGCACAACGGCGGGCAGGCGCUCAUACGCGCAUGUAAGGACCCCUUCUUCCCCCCUCUCUCUCGCUCCUUCACGUGCAUCCUCUCACUCUCCCCCUUGCUCUCCCCUUCCUAUCCCCCUUCCUCUCCCCUUUCCUCUCCCCCUUCCUCUCCCCCUUCCUCUCCCCUUUCCUCUCCCCCUUCCUCUCCCCCUUCCUCUCCCCUUUCCUCUCCCCCUUCCUCUCCCCUUUCCUCUCCCCCGUCCUUCCCCCUUUCCCCUCCCCCGUCCUUCCCCCUUUCCCCCACCGUCUCCUCCCAGGGCCGUGACCUCGUGGUGGCGUGGGGCCGUGACCUCGUGGUGGCGUGGGUGGGGGACAGCCGCUGCGUGGUGGGCGUUGUCUCUCCCCCCACUCCGCGUGGGGGGCACGAGGGACAUGGGAUGGACAGCAGUGCUGGCGCUCCUGGCGCUACUGGCGCUACUGGCGCUACUGGCGCUACUGGCGCUACUGGCGCGGGUGGUGCGGGUGGCGAGAGGGGUUGUGGCGAUGUGGAGGUGGAAGCGCUGCAGCUCACCACGGACCACAAGCCCGCACAUCCUGAGGAGCGGUUCCGAAUCGUAGUAUCAGGCGGCCGCGUCCAUGCAAUCCCCGGCGAUCCCGAGGGCGUGGAGCGCGCAUGGCUGCCCAACGAGGAGGCGCCCGGCAUCGCCAUGUCGCGCUGCCUUGGCUCUGCUCUCAUGCGCGCACACGGCGUCACUGCUGACCCGGACGUGCGGUUUCUCAGGCUUGGCCCGCAGCAUCGUUUCAUGGUUCUGGCGACUGAUGGGGUGUGGGACGUGCUAUCCAACGAGGCUGUAGUGGCUAUAACUGCCAGCUCGCCGUCUCCCCAGGAGGCAGCAGCAGCCGUGGUGCGAGCAGCAGAGCUGCAGUGGCACAUGCGCCCUCCGCCCCUCGCCACUGACGACAUCACUGCUGUUGUUUACUUCUUCACCCACCCCUCUGCUGCUGCUGCUGGUGGUGAUAAUGCUGCUGCUGCUUCUGUUGCUGCUGCGUCAGCAUCAGCGGUCAGCAUCCGUGGGUAG